GGCCGGGCCCAAUUACUACUACUGACGCGUCUCGGUCUCGCCUGCCCCUAUUUUAUCGCUCCCGUGUCCCGUCUCUCUCCUCCGCUCCCAGCCUCCUCCUUCCUACCAGAAGAGCGGCCACCACCGGCAUCGGCAUCGGGAGUGAGAGAGAGAGAGGUCGCGGUGCCCUUCUCUCUCAAAUCUUGUCUCGGUAGGACGAUCAGUACCAAGGAGUUCACCAGUAAUGGAGAAUCGUGUGCACGCGAUGAAAUCUGAAAACUAUCACCAAGGUGUUGCAAUGGAGGGCGUCAAGUUUGUGCCGGAGGCGGCGAAUACGAACCGGAGAGUCCUGCGUGAUAUAAAGAACAUCAUAGGAGGCCCUCACCAGCACUUGGCUGUGACCAAGAGGGGACUGUCAGAAAAAUAUGUUGCUGCUGUGGAUCCUAUUAAGGAUCAAAAUAGCUUUGGUGGACACCGUCCCGUUACCAGAAAGUUUGCUGCAACAUUGUCAAACCAACCUACAAGUGCCCAUCUGGCGCCCAUUGGAAGUGAGAGGCAGAAAAGAAAUGCAGAGACAGCAUUUCACACUCGUGCAGAUAUGGAAAGCAGCCAAAGCACCAAGAUGUCUGAUGACAUUCCCUUCCAGAUGCUAUCUGAGAUGGACGAAGUGAUGACUUCUGAGCUGAAAGAGAUCGAGAUGGAAGAUAUUGAGGAGGCAGCACCUGAUAUUGACAGCUGCGAUGCAGGAAACUCUCUUGCAGUGGUUGACUACGUUGAUGAAAUUUACAGCUUCUACAGAAGAACUGAGGGUUCAAGCUGUGUCGCUCCUAAUUAUAUGUCAAGUCAGACUGAUAUAAAUGAGAAGAUGCGUGGAAUUCUUAUUGACUGGCUGAUUGAGGUGCAUUAUAAAUUAGAGCUGUUGGAGGAGACACUGUUUCUUACUGUGAAUAUCAUAGACAGAUUCUUGGCACGUGAAAACGUGGUGCGAAAGAAGCUUCAGUUGGUUGGUGUGACUGCUAUGCUACUUGCAUGCAAGUACGAAGAAGUGAGUGUCCCUGUUGUAGAGGAUUUGAUCCUGAUUUGUGAUCGUGCCUACACAAGAGCUGAUAUACUCGAAAUGGAGAGGAUGAUAGUGAACAUACUCAAGUUCAACAUGUCAGUGCCAACUCCAUACUGUUUCAUGAGAAGGUUUCUUAAGGCAGCAAAUUCUGACAAGAAGCUGGAGCUCAUGUCUUUCUUCAUGAUCGAGCUGAGCCUUGUCGAAUACGAGAUGCUGAAGUUCUGCCCGUCUAUGCUAGCAGCUGCCGCCAUCUACACAGCUCAGUGCACCUUGAAUGGGUUCAAGUCCUGGAACAAAUGCUGUGAGAUGCACACAAAAUAUUCUGAAGAACAGCUGAUGGAUUGCUCCAGGAUCAUGGUUGUACUACACCAAAGAGCAGCUCUCGGGAAGCUUACUGGGGUUCAUAGAAAGUAUAGCACUUUUAGGUAUGGCUGUGCAGCAAAAUCGGAAGCAGCGACCUUCUUGCUGGAAGCUUGCUAGAACUAAUUGGCUGGUUAUACACACUCUAACUACUUCAUUGAGAGAGUGAAAGAGGGGUGUAUAUAGAGGCUGCCUCGAUUAAAUUACAGAGGGGGUCUGCAUAUAUGCAUAUGCAACAGCUGUUGCAGCAACCAUUUGAUGGGCUGGGUUGGUGUGCUUAGUUUCAAUAACUUAACAUCGAUGAAAAUUGCUUUAUGUUGUUUAGGUUAUUUCCAAUUAUAUUCAUUGGAAUUUAAUUCUUACAUUGUAUCUUGGGAAUUCGUCAUUUGUUCUGUGACACCUGCAAUCUGAAAAUAAACAGUAGUUGAAUUUCC